UAUGACCCCCCCAAUAAUCAUGCAUGUUUCCCCUGUAAUGGGUGGAGACCUCGACCCCCCAAUGUUCCAGCCAAAGUUACGCCCUUGUAUGGGGGGUACCAUGUAGGCCGGGACCGUUACUGUUAAGCAUAGUUAUCCUUUCAGACAUUCUGUAAAAAGUUCACACCAAUACACUGAAAUAGAAAAGCAAAAGUGGUCUGUAUAAAGUCUAUUUCAUAGGAGUUGAUAAAGAAAGGGCUGUCAAGCUUCUACCAUUUGAUUUCUGUUACAAUACUAUAAUGUAAUGUACUAUUAUUCUCAUCUUACAUUUAGCAUACUUAAAUCAAUAAGGUAUGUUAAUUUUCCUGUUGUGCUUGAGACAAAAGUCAUUCACUGAUUAAAUAUAACAACUAAUUUUCAAACCAUUUCAAAUUGAUUAACAGAACUUAUUAAAAUGUUUAAUUGAAAAGGUUGUCAUCUUUCAUUGCCUGUUGACACAGGUUGUGAAUGUUCCUCCGGUGUUGCCCACUUUAAUGUAGCUCAAUUCGAGACAAGUCUGUACACGCAAUUACAUGGUGUAUGUGAGUUUUAUCACCUUGCACAUAGUGUGUAGGGUUCCGUAAGCUACUCCAAAGCUUUUGAUGUGACUAAUUUUAGGUGUAUAAUGGAAUAAUAUAGAUGUUCCGUGAGCGUGAGAUUCCGAAAGCGUGAGUGCUGGCAAUGUAAGAAGCUGCACCGACAUUUCGGAUACCGGCGCUUGUCAAACGUGCCGCGCCAUCCUUCUUCUAUUGGAUGGACGCUAACAAAGGAGGUGGGCCCCGAAUCAGUCUCGCACAAGAGUGAUGGGCCAGCGGACCAAUCAAAGCAGCAAACCUGAUGGUUUGGGGGGCGGGGUGAGAGAGAGCGAACGCGAAAGGGAGUGAGUGGAUUCGCGUGGGGAAGGGGACGAGGGGAGAGUUUAAUGUAGAGAAAACACAGGCAAAACGGUAUACUUAUCACUUUACAGUAGGGGCAGCCAGGUCGAUCAGAGGUGGCCAUGCUGGAGAAGUCACACGAUUUAUUUUUUUCCCUUCUUAAGAGUAUACAUUUGUUUCGGAAAGAUCAAAACGGUUGAUGCCAGAUCCUUCUGAAGCGGACAUUUUGGGUUGAGCGAGAAACUUGCAAGUAUUUGAGUAACUGGCAAUUCAAGAGAAAAUGGCGGGAUUAUAUGGUUGUAAAACAAUUCUAACUUUGGAAGAUCACUGGUUAUUCAUGUAUACAAAAACAAACUCUGUCCUUCCAUAUAAGAAGAUGGUUAUGUUAAAAACAUUUCCGGAGAAGCAAUCUCAUUGUGAAGAGCACAAGUUCUAUAGGCUUUGCCUGUUAUGUUCCUGCCUGGCCACGCUGUUGUUUGCUGUUCUGUAUCUUCAAAAACUACUGGCCCCACCAUCUCCCACUGACCUGGAAGUGCAUGCCCACAACAUCUCAGUUGCCCAUGGCAAAACUUGUUCUGAUUCCUGCAGGAUUGUGUUGGUUGAAAGCAUUCCUGAGGGACUGGAGUUUAACUCCAGCAUCAACCCUUCCAUCUACCAGUCCUGGCUAAAUCUGAUUGGUGAGGCUCAGAGCAGCAUUGACAUCGCCUCUUUCUAUUGGACACUGACCAACAAAGACACGGGCACCCAUGAACCUACAGCCUAUCAGGGUGAGCAAAUUUUGAAAAAACUGAUCCAUCUGGCAGGGAAGGAAAGUGAUGUGUCUGUUCGCAUUGCGGUCAAUGUCCCUGACAAGUCUCAGCCCAUUGAAGAUCUGAACAUGUUAAUGCAAGCAGGAGCUGAUGUGAGGCUGGUGAAUAUGCGAAAUCUGACUACCGGUGUGCUACACACAAAGUUCUGGGUGAUUGACAAGAAGCAUAUCUACCUUGGAAGUGCUAACAUGGACUGGCGGUCUCUGACUCAGGUGAAAGAGCUGGGAGUUGCCGUCUACAAUUGUAGCUGUUUGGCUGAAGAUUUGGGGAAAAUCUUUGAAGCGUACUGGUACUUGGGUCAGGCUGGGAAAAGCAUUCCUUCACAUUGGCCAGAUAGUUAUUCUACCUCAUACAACAAGACAUCACCCCUAGAGCUGCCCCUCAAUGGAACCUCCUCAACUGCGUAUUUAUCGAGUUCUCCACCCUCACUAUGUGCUGAUGGAAGAACCCAGGAUUUGGAUGCCAUCCUUAGUGUGAUCGAUGAUGCUCAAGAAUUUGUCUACAUUGCUGUCAUGAACUACCUACCUACAAUGGAAUAUUCUCAAUCAAAAAGAUACUGGUCAGAGAUUGACACUCAGUUGCGACGGGUGGCGUAUGAGAGAGCGGUGCGUGUGCGCCUUCUGAUCAGCUGCUGGGGUAAUUCUCCACCUGCCAUGUUUCCCUUUCUACUUUCAUUGGCUGCCGUUCAAUACGAAAAGAGUAAACUGGAUAUCCAGGUGAAACUGUUUGUUGUGCCCUCCAGUCCUAGUCAAAAAGAAAUCCCAUAUGCAAGAGUCAACCACAACAAGUAUAUGGUCACAGACAAGGUGGCAUACAUUGGAACCUCAAACUGGUCAGGAGACUACUUUCUGAACACAGCAGGGUCAGCAUUAGUGGUGAAUCAGACUGCAGCCCCAUCACCAGAGACUACGGUCCAAAGGCAGCUCCAAGCUGUAUUUUUGAGAGACUGGGACUCAGUGUACAGCACGCCAUUAUAUCAGCACACUGACACAAGACAGCUGUGUUACCGCUGAGUCAGACGGGAAGGUGCUAAUAGAGAAAUAGUACUGUUUUUUAGCGGUGGCACCCUUGUUGCUUUGUACAAUGGCUUUAUUUUGUUUGGAAAAUGCUGUGGAAAGGGGUUAUUAAAUACCAAUUUGGUAAGAUUAUGAUUUUUUCCCAAGACAAAUUAAGGACAUCGCACAGUCAGUUCCACUGCUGAAGGAUGUUUAAGAUAGGAAUUAUUUCUCCUAACCAUGAUGAAUUGUAACAUUUGUGAGAAUCAGGUGUUAUUCCCAAGAUGUGCUUGAACCAAAUGUACUGUAUUAGGGUUUUUUUGUACAAUUUGGGCCAAGUGGUCAUACCCUACUUUCCUAAAGUACCAUUUAUCAGGAGAGUGAUCUCUUGAUUUGUAUACAUUACUCCAAUGUCUUGUUGAUAAGUCUUGGACAGUCAGAAAAAGUCAUAUUGUUACAAAUUGUUGUUUGGGUUAUGGUAUUGUAUGGCAAAUUGUCUGCAAAAAUAACCUAGUUUGAUGUGUUAAUGAUUAUAAUGGCAUUAUCUAAAUUCCACUGAACUUCAGGAAUAAAUCAAGCAUAUUUGAUUCUGUUUUAAAAUGCAUUUUUAAACACCAUUGUGUGUAUGUUUCAUAUCAUUAUAAUCUGUGUGUGUGUUGAGUGAAUGUUAGAUUGGGUCUAUCCAUCAUUAUCCAUCAUUUGGAAAUGCUUAUUAAAAACUCUAGUUUCUUCCCUUG